UCUAAGACAGGUACUCAAGACAAUGGGUUAUUCACUGAAGCUCAUAAUGACAGUUUUGGCAACAUGCUUCAUUGCCUCCAUGGUCAUGGCACGACCAAUGAACACCAAGUCAACCCUAAUGGCUCGACUCAAAUUAGAUGAAGAGGGCUCAUCCAAGUGUUGGGACUCACUGUAUGAGCUACAAUCCUGCACUGGCGAGGUCAUCCUGUUCUUCCUAAACGGCGAGACCUAUCUUGGCCCGGGCUGUUGCAGUGCCAUCCAUACCAUCCAACACCAGUGCUGGCCUGACAUGCUUGGUUCCCUUGGCUUCACCUCCGAGGAAGGGGAUAUCCUCCAAGGCUACUGUGAUGCCACGGAACCCAACUCCAACUCCACCUCUAUAGCACCACCACCACCACCUCCACAAAAUGUUAAUCACACUAUGCCCAUGUCCCACAACUAG